CAAAUUUUAAUUUUCAAUUUGAAAAAUCCUUCAUUAAAUUUGGGCACGGGACCUGACCCCAUCCCCUCUUUCAUUCAAUGUCUAAAACCUAGAGCCGCACUUGGUACAUAUAUAUAUAUAUAUAUAAUUAUCAAAAUCAAUAUCCCUAACCAAUAGCCACGGUGAGUGAGGCAUCGGUUAGGGAAAACGAGACACAACAUUUUUCACAUAAAAAACCAAUUUCACCCACCCACCCACCACCACCCUUCUAAUAGACCCAGCAAAAUACUCAUCUCCGUGCAUAAACUUCCCCCACUCCUUUUAUAAGAGAGGUGAGAUAGGGAUAAUCAGUCCUAGCAUGCGAAUUGUAUAACGCUAUUUUAAAUUAGUAUCAUGGAAGUGCUUCCUUGUUCUGGUGUUAAAUAUGCCGGGGAAUCUGAUUGUCCUCAGCAGAAUUCAGGAUCAGCUUUUGUAUACCGGGAAGAACAUAAUUGCCCUGAAAAUGAUGAACAAGUCAGAUUGGUAGAUGCUCAACCGAGUGUAUCAUCACAUGAGAUGCAAGGUCUUCAGAUAGAAGGGCAAGACGAAGGAAAACAGAUUAUUUGUGAUUUGUCGACUAAUUCUGAUUGCCAAUGCAUUGGAGCUUCAUUUUAUGACUGUCAAGUGGAAGACCAAAAGGAAUAUUGUGGUUUCCAUGAUUUUCAAGAAGAUGUGAUAAAUGAACCUUGCUUAAUGUCUGAAAAUUCUGUCUCUAUUGUGGACACAAUUGAAAGUGAAUCACCAAACAACAAUAGGGAAGGAGACUUGUCAUGUUCUGAACCCAAGUGGCUGGAGGGGGAUGGAUCUGUGGCAUUGUGGGUCAAGUGGAGAGGGAAGUGGCAGGCUGGUAUCCGAUGUGCAAGGGCUGACUGGCCCUUAUGGACUUUGAAAGCAAAACCAACUCAUGACCGAAAGAAAUAUUUUGUCAUAUUUUUUCCGCACACAAGGAUUUAUUCUUGGGCAGACAUGCUGCUUGUUAGACCAAUUAAUGAGUUUCCCCACCCUAUUGUGUAUAAUUCUCAUCAGGUAGGACUGAAAAUGGUAAGAGACUUAACUGUUGCGCGGCGAUUUAUAAUGCAAAAGCUAGCUAUUGGCAUGCUGAACAUCGUCGAUCAGUUACAUUUUAAUGCUUUGACAGAAACUGCCCGUGAUGUGAAAGUCUGGAAGGAAUUUGCUAUGGAGGCUUCUCGUUGUAAUGGUUAUUCUGAUUUUGGGAGAAUGCUUCUAAAGCUGCAUAAUAGCAUACUGCAGCCAUAUAUAAAUGCUGACUGGUUACAACAUUCUUAUCACUCUUGGGAUGAAAGAUGUCAGAGUGCAAAUAGUGCUGAAUUGGUAGAGCUGCUGAAGGAGGAAUUGUUUGAUUCUAUUUCAUGGAAUGAUGUCAAUACUCUCUGGGAUGCACCAGUGCAACCACUAUUAGGUUCUGAAUGGAAAACCUUGAAGCAUGAUGUGAUGAAAUGGUUUUCAACACCACAUUCCUUAACGAGCAGCAAAGACACCCAGCAACAGAGCUCUGAUGAUUUGUACCAAGCAAACCUUCAGGUUUGUAGAAAAAGGCCCAAACUUGAAGUUCGUCGUGCAGAGACACAUGCUUCACAGGUAGAAAUCAAGGGUUCAGAUCACUCUAUUGCUCUUGACACUGAUCCUGGCUUCUUUAAGAAUCAGGACACAUUGAGCGCAUUAGCAACUGAGACUUACAAACAGGACCAUGUCAGGGAGGUACCUAUAGCAACUGAUUCACCUAGUAAUUUGGCCAGUAAAUGGAACGAAAUUGUAGUUGAGGCUGCUGAUUCUGAUUUCUUGCAUAACAAAGAAAUAGGAUCAACACCUGUAAGUGAAAUUACUGUUGUAAAAUCUGUAGAACCUGGUAGUAAGAAUCGACAAUGUAUAGCUUAUAUUGAAGCGAAGGGAAGACAGUGUGUGAGAUGGGCAAAUGAUGGUGAUGUAUACUGUUGUGUGCAUUUAUCAUCUCGAUUCUUGGGCAGCUCAACAAAAGCUGAAAAGCCUGCUGUGGUUGAUACUCCUAUGUGUGAAGGUACAACUGUUCUGGGUACUAGAUGUAAGCAUCGUUCCCUACCUGGCUCUUUAUUCUGUAAGAAACACCGGCCACAUGGUGAAACCGAACAGAUUUCAAAUUUACCCCAAAAUACACUAAAGAGGAAACAUGAAGAAAAUUAUACUGGUCCAGAGGACAUGUUCUGCAAAGACAUGGUUUUGGUAAAUGUUGAAAGCCCACUGCAAGUGGAUCCAGUGUCAUCCAUUGGUGGUGAUUUGUUACAUGGAGAAAGCAACUUUAAUGAGAAGCCCAUGCCUUCCGAAAAUGAUCAUAAUGCAAUGGAGUCACUGCAAUGUAUAGGUUCUCCUCCCUAUGAUAACAAAAAUCCUUGUAGAGAAGGUCCUAAAAGGUAUUUCUUGUAUUGUGAACAACACCUUCCAAGCUGGCUUAAACGUGCAAGAAAUGGGAAGAGUAGAAUAGUAUCAAAAGAAGUGUUCACAGAACUUUUGAGGGACUGCAGCUCAUGGGAGCAAAAGGUACAUCUGCAUAAAGCAUGUGAGCUUUUUUACAGGCUAUUCAAGAGCAUUUUGUCGUUACGAAACCCUGUUCCUAAGGAUGUCCAAUUCCAGUGGGCUUUAACUGAAGCCUCUAAAGAUUCUUGUGUAGGAGAAUUUUUUACUAAGUUAGUUCAUAGUGAAAAGGAGAGAAUCAAAUUGAUGUGGGGAUUCAAUGAUGACAUGGAUAUGCCGUCUGUUAUGCAAGAACCACCUCUCUUGCCAUUUGCAACUAAUGAUAGUUUUGAUAAUGAAAAUGCCAUCAAGUGUAAGAUAUGCUCUGCUGAUUUUCCUGAUGACCAAGCACUUGGUAACCACUGGAUGGACAGUCAUAAAAAGGAAGCACAGUGGCUGUUUAGAGGCUAUGCAUGUGCUAUUUGUCUGGAUUCUUUUACUAACAAGAAAAUGUUGGAAAAUCAUGUUCAGGAGAGACACCACGUGCAAUUUGUUGAACAAUGCAUGCUUCUCCAAUGUAUUCCUUGUGGGAGUCAUUUUGGAAAUACUGAGCAACUGUGGCAGCAUGUUUUAUCAGUUCAUCCUGUUGAUUUUAAACCAGCAAAAGCUCCUGAGCAGCAAACUUUCUCUAAUGGAGAAGAUUCUCCAGUAAAACAUGAUCAAGGAAAUUUAGCCUCUUUGGAGAAUAAUUCUGAGAAUACAGGUGGUUUACGAAAAUUUGUUUGCAGGUUUUGUGGAUUAAAGUUUGAUUUACUACCUGACCUAGGUCGACAUCACCAAGCUGCUCAUAUGGGGCCCAAUCUAGUUAGCAGCCGCCCUGGAAAGAGGGGAGUUCGCCAUUAUUCAUAUAGACUGAAAUCUGGCAGACUUAGCCGCCCUAGAUUUAAAAAAGGUUUGGCAGCAGCAUCAUACAGGAUUAGAAAUAAGGCUAAUGCUAAUUUAAAGCGAUGUAUUCAGGCAACAAACUCACUUGGCAUGGGAGGAAUAACUAUAAAACCUCAUGCAAAUGAAACAACCAACAUUGGUAGAUUGGCAGAACAUCAAUGCUCAGCUGUUGCAAAGAUUUUGUUUUCAGAGAUUCAGAAGACUAAACCACGGCCUAACAAUCUUGAUAUUUUAACAAUUGCCCGCUCUACUUGCUGCAAAGUUAGUCUUGUAGCCUCACUGGAGGAGAAAUAUGGAAUUCUACCUGAAAAACUCUAUUUGAAGGCAGCAAAACUUUGCAGUGAACAUAAUAUUUUAGUGAAUUGGCACCAAGAAGGGUUUGUUUGUCCUAGAGGAUGUUAUGUAUCAAAGGAUCAAGCAUUGCUCUCUACUUUAGCAUCUCUUCCUAAUGGUUUUGUAAUGCCAAAAUCUUCAAAUUUAUGUGAUUCUGCAAGUGAUGAGUGGGAGGUGGAUGAAUUUCACUGCAUCAUCAAUUCACGUGGUUUAAAAUUAGGUUCACUGCAAAAAGCUGUAAUCUUGUGUGAUGAUAUUAGCUUUGGGAAGGAAUCAGUUCCAGUGAUUUGUGUAGUAGAUCAAGAACUUAUGCAUUCUCUUCAUAUGCCUGGAUGUAAUGAGCAGAAUACAAACUCUUCUAUGCCUUGGGAGAGUUUUACCUAUGUUACCAAGCCAAUACUCGACCAAUCCCUUAGUCUUGAUUCAGAGUGUCUGCAAUUGGGAUGUGCCUGCUCAUAUCCUACCUGCUGUCCUGAAACUUGUGAUCAUGUAUACCUUUUUGGUAAUGACUAUGAUGAUGCAAAAGAUAUAUUUGGGAAACCAAUGCGUGGCAGGUUCCCAUAUGAUGAGAAUGGUCGAAUAAUCUUGGAGGAAGGUUAUCUUGUCUCUGAGUGUAAUCAUAUGUGCAAAUGCAAUAAAGCCUGUCCAAACAGAGUAUUGCAGAAUGGAGUACGAGUCAAAUUGGAAGUUUUUAAAACAGAGAAAAAGGGAUGGGCAGUAAGGGCUGGUGAAGCUAUUCUACGAGGCACCUUUGUGUGUGAAUACAUUGGAGAAGUUUUAGAUGUGCAGGAGGCAUGCAACAGGCGCAAGAGAUAUGCUAUAGGGAAUUGCAGUUAUUUCUAUGAUAUCGAUGCUCGUGUUAAUGAUAUGGGUAGAUUGAUUGAAGGGCAGGCCCAAUAUGUAAUUGAUGCUUCUAAAUAUGGAAAUGUCUCAAGGUUCAUCAAUCAUAGCUGCUCGCCCAAUCUUGUCAAUCACCAAGUUCUUGUAGAGAGCAUGGAUUGUGAGCGUGCACAUAUUGGCUUUUAUGCAAGUCGAGAUAUUGCUUUGGGUGAAGAGCUGACAUAUGACUAUCAGUAUGAGCUUGUUCCCGGAGAAGGAUCUCCUUGUCUUUGUGAAUCGUUGAAGUGUAGGGGACGCCUUUGUUAGAACCACAACGUGUGUGUUGCUGUUGCAAUAAUAUUUUUCAGAUUGCCAAUUUGGGACACAAAUGAUCUGCUCAACAUUCUAAGAUUCCCAAUGUGGACCCAACUUUGAAGGGUUCUAUUAGUGGUGAUGUCUUCUAACUGAUGAGGACAAAUCAAAUCACCUGAUGGCAACUUGUAUGGAGUCAGCUAUAUAAUUUACUAGCUGUCUCUGGUAAACUUAGGAUUCAAGUUUUUUGGAUUUUUUUGCCGUGUACAAUCUGCCUCCAUCCCUCUCUGGUAGAGUAGGCAUGUUUUUGCAGCUUAGUGCACAAUUGUACUCCUUUUCCUCUUGCUUUAUUCUCCAAUUUUUCUUGUCAUGGAAUAAUUUGGGAUUCUCACUCCUUUUCUCCCACCACCAAGGAUAGAGAAUCAACACCACCCCCCCCACCACCCCCCACCAAAAAAAAAAAAAAGGUCUAGCAAAAACAUAUGCAGCUAAAGCUGUCUGGAUUGGUAAUUGUUAUGAUUUUUUUUUUCCCGGAUGUAUGGUUCAAUUUCUUUCAAUUGUGUUUCAGGAAUGUAAAUAUGCUUAAUGUUUUAACAUCUUUUUCGGGCAAUUACUCCUUUUCUUAUAGAAUUAGCUUGCUUGUAAAUUGUGUCAUUGAAACACGAGUGCUACUAAAUGUUGCUCUUUGUAAACCUAGACCAAUCUCACGGAUGUAAAAAUUUGAGCUUAAU